AUGGCGCUGGCUUGUUUGCGACGAAGCUUGUUGACGUUUUUGUUGUUUUUCUCGUGUUUUGUCUCAUUUUAUCGGACGCUCGUCACGGCGGAGGAAGUCGACAGCUGUGAGCACCUGAGACUCGGCCAGUAUUUGUGUCGAGAGCCAAAGAUCGACGAUAACACGCAGGAGCCGGAAAACUGCCGAGAUGCCGUCGCACGGGUGGAGUGUCUCCCGGCGCCAAACGUGACCUGCCGGCUUUCCAACGGCACGGAAUUCCGCUUCAGUGGCGAGGAGGUGGGAUUUCAUCAAACUGUUCCCUGUAGGAACGUGAGCGGCUACUCGUACAAGGUGGCGGUGGCGCUGUCGCUGUUCCUGGGCUGGCUGGGCGCCGACCGCUUCUACCUGGGCUACCCGGCCCUCGGCGUGCUCAAGUUCUGCACCGUGGGCUUCUGCGGCAUCGGGACGCUGCUGGACUUUGUCCUCAUCGCCAUGCAGAUGGUGGGCCCGUCGGACGGCUCCGACUACAUCGUGGACUACUACGGCGCCCGCCUCAGCCGCCUGGCCAUCACCGAGGACACCUACAGGAAGCCCCACCUCUCCCUCUGA